CUCUAUUGGUGGAGUUAGAUUAUAACAGCUGUUAAGUUACAGAGUUGCCGGAAUGAUUUGAAAUGUUAACCGGCACUGUCGCAUUUUUAACGUAACCUUAGCAACGGUCUAUUCGAUUUUAUUGUACAAAAUAGAGUGAAAUUUAAGAAAAAUGUUUCGCCGCGGUAAAUUAGCUUUUCUAAAUACGAAAGACGAUCGAAUUAAAAUAAUAAACGAGCGCAUUUCACUCACCGAACGCCAUUUGAUGGAAAUGUGCAGCUCCUUUGCAUUGGUUACCAGGAAAAUGGCCAAGUACCGCGAUUCGUUCGAUGAGCUGGCCAAAGGAGUCAAGAGCUAUGCGGACGACGAGGAAAUCAACGAGAGUCUCUGCCAAGGACUGAAAAGUUUCACCAAUGCUGUGACCCUCAUAAGCGACUACAUGGACACUAAUGUCCACCGAUUGGAACAGAAGAUCGUCAACGAGCUGGCCCAAUUCGAACAGCUCUGCAAGUCCACGCGGGACAAUCUGCGCCUGGCUGUCAUAGCUCGGGAUAAGGAGGUCCUUCGCCAACGCCAGAUGCUGGAGCUGAAGUCCAAGUUUUCGGCCAAUAAUAGUGCCGCCGAUUCGGAACUUUUUAAAGCGAAAAUGGAAGUGCAACGCACCAACAAGGAAAUCGACGAUAUUAUCGGGAAUUUCGAGCAGCGAAAGUUGCGAGACAUCAAGGAACUUCUCAGUAAUUUCAUCCUUAUAUCCAUGAAGCAGCACACCAAGGCUUUGGAGGUGCUCAGCGCCAGCUACUAUGACAUUGGCAACAUUGACGAGCGGGACGAUUUCCUGGAGUUCCAAAAACUCAUGAAGACCAAAGAGGAGCCUGCAACCCGCAAGGCAGCCUUCAAGAAAGGCCUUCGCUCUCAGUCGAUGGAUAGCUUGGACCAUGAGCAUCUGGUUAGUCCUUUGAAGCGACGUCAAAAGCUGUCGAGGAGCACCAAAAAUCUAACUCGUGCCGGAAUCAAUCACGGCAGUAAAACGGAGCCGGAGGAAAGUGAGGAGCAGGAUGACGACGACGAAGACGAUGAGGACGAAGAGGAAGAGGAAACUGAGCAAAGUGGCGAGGAGGAAGAGGAAUCUGGUACCGCCUCUGACGAUGAAAGGGAGCCCACCCAGCCGAGCACCCAGGCCACUCCACGGGAAAACGUCUUCGGUGCCAAGUUGCGAUCUGGAGGCAGCAAGGAGUCUACCACACUGUCGUCCACCACCAGUGCUGCCUCGGCUUUGACCAAGCCACUCCGCCAGCCGGUCAAGCAUCCCUUCAAGGCAGUGGCCUCCACACAUGUAAGGCUGCAGAAGCAGUUCCAUGUGCCUCCACACUAGCACCUGCCAGUGCUAUAGACUAGAUAUCGCAAAUCAGUAUUACUGAAUUAAUUAUUUACAUGCCUCCCGCUAAGCUUAAACAAAUAAAAACAAAAUAAUAGACUAAA